AUGCAUCCACCUAUCUCAGCUCAUAAACAUCCAGAUUGCUAUGAGAUUAUGCAAGAGUUGGAAAAAUGUCAUAAAUCCGGAUUUUUCAACUAUUUUCUUGGAAAAUGUAACAAUUUGAAAAAAGAUGUUGUACAAUGUUUAAGUAAAGAAAGAUUAAAACAACAACGAGCUAACCAAAAAAAAAAAAAAGAAAAAAGACAAAAUGCAGAAAUAUCUAAAGAAGAUCAAUAA